AUGAAUUCGAGCAGGCAGUCUGUGAGCAGCUCUCCUUUUAGGAGAGUGUACUCAAUCUCCUCUCGGAGAUCGAGUCGGAAUCUGGGCUCUCAGAUCCCAACAUUCAGCUCCCAGGUGUGGCCCAGAGACACUUCCCACAGACAGGGAGGUCUGGCGGCGAGCCGAGAGUCCAGGCUGCGGGGAAAUGUUGGGAUCGGCCUCGGAUAUGACCAAGUGCUGGGCGCCAAUGAGAAGGAGCUGCUGCAGGGGCUGAAUGACCGCUUCGCCAGCUUCAUCGACAAGGUCCGUCAGCUGGAACACAGCAACAAGGCUCUGGAGGCAGAGAUCACCGAGUUAAGGGCAAGCCAAACCUCCCAGUCUGACCUCGCUCAUGUCUAUGAGCCAGAAAUGACCGAGCUCCGGAACCUCAUCCAGGAAAGUGAGAGGCAGAAGCUGGGUUUCCACUUGGACCGGGAUCACCUGGAGGAAGAUCUCCGCCGGUUGCAGAGGAAAUACGAGGAAGAGAGACAGGUCCGACAAGAGGCUGAAGCCACUCUCCAGGCUCUGAAGAAAGACACAGAGAGUGUGCUCCUGACUAAACUGGAGCUGGAGAAGAAAGCCCAGGCGCUGGCGGAUGAGAUCGAGUUCCUGAAGAGCAACCACGAGGAAGAGGUGGCCGAUCUCUUCUCUCAGAUCCAAGCCUCCCAGGUCGGGCUGGAGAUGAAGGAUUUCCUGAAGCCGGACCUGACUGGGGCCCUGAGAGAGAUCCGGGCGCAGCUGCAGGGCUACGCCAGUGUCAACCUGCAGCAGGCGGAGCAGUGGUUCACAGCGAGAGUCGCCAAGCUCAAUGAUGCAGCAGCCAGCAACAGGGAGACUCUGCAGAAGACCCGGCAGGAGAUCAGUGAGUACAACCGCCAGCUCCAGUCCAAGAACCUGCAGCUGGAGACAGUCAGAGGGAGGAAGGAGUCUUUGGAGAAACAGCUGGAUGAGGUUGGAAGCAGACACCGCGCUGAAUUAAUGCGGUACCAGGACACCGUUCAACAAUUAGAGAACGAGCUGAGACACACCAAACAGGAGAUGGCUCAUCAACUCCGGGAGUAUCAAGAUCUGCUCAACGUCAAACUGGCCCUAGAUGUGGAGAUCACCUCCUACAGGAAACUCUUGGAAGGUGAGGAGGCAAGAUUUGGUUCAGAUACUGAUCACUUCAGUCUGUUAUCCUCGACAUGCAAGGAACCUCAAAGUAUGACACAAUUGUUUCAUGUCUCAACUAAGACAAAGGCUACCCCUGAGUUCAGGUUUGUAGAAGAGAUUGUAAGUGAGACGGCAAAGGAAAUUGACCUGGCAGAGCUUGAAGAUGCUUAUAUGAAAAUGAAACCUGGCCAACUCUACGAUGAAGGAUUUGAGGAAAAUAAAUCAACGACAGAAGAGGAGGAAGAAGAAAGUGAAGAGGGGUUAUCAGCUCCAGACAUAGGUGUGGGAAGAACCACUGAUACAAAAGACAAGGCAGGAGAACUAUCAAAAGGACUUAAAGAAACGUCAACCACUGAAGCAAACGAUGGAGAGAAAGGGGUUGAGGCCAAAGAAGGAGAAGAAGGUACUGAAGCCAAAAAGAAGGAAGAAGUAAAGGAUGUUGUUCAGGCAAAAGAAAAAUCCAGUGAAGGAGAGACUGUUCAGGCAAAAGCGGAAGCUGUGAAAGGAGCAGCUGCUAUAGCCGAAGAGGAAGACAUUGGGGAGCAAGGUGUUGGAUCAAAACCAAGUGAAAUGGAAGGAAAAGCUGGUGAGACAAAGGAAGAGGCUGCGGAGGAAAGAACCAUGAAGGCUGGUGGUAAUAAAGAAACACAACUUCAGGAACAGACAAAAGGCCAAAAAGCUUUGAAGACAAAAGAAAAAGAAAAGAACCUGAUGCCUAAAAUACCCAAACAGCAAAUGGUCCCAGUCGAUCCUGAGUUCAAUCUUGAGUUUAAUUGCUAUUUGGUGAAGAAGUUUGAAGAUUGCCAACAGCUUGUCCAUUUCUGUCUUUUCCUCAAUGUCCAGUAA